AUGGACGUUGAACAACAACUCAGCCGUCUGAAUAUCCGCAAUUAUGAGGACAUAACCAGCGACUUUUUUGCCAUAACCUCCGCCAUCGAGUACGGUUCCAUUGUCAAAUCGAAGCAAUUCAAGCUUCUGGAAGGCACCCACGCUCUGGAGGUGUUAAACCCCAAGCUGGAUACUGCGCUGCUGAAGCCUGAAAUUUUACAUCCAGUCGUCGAGACGCUCGACCAGGCUGCGUGGGUGAUGGUACGCCUGCUUGGCAGUGUGUGUGCGUGGCUUGACAACAACUCGCUGAGCGUAAGCGUGUUGAGUUGUUAUUUUGUCGAACAGCUUAUUCAGCGAAAACCCGUCACUGGCGAGCUUGUGGAGCGGUGCGUGGCACCGUUCGUGAAGGGCGUGAUCAGUUUUGUGAGCAGGGUGCUCAAACUCGGUGUUGCAGGCGUCAUUUACGAGGAGGAAGACCUCAAUACACAGACGAUGGAUCUUGAUUUUUCCGUGUACGACGGCGAAGAAACGGUGCUGGAACUGCAGAAAGCGGUUACGUGGGUGCGCAGCCAGCCAGAGUCUGCAUCGCAGCAGCUUUGCGUGGAUCUGCUUCUUCUGAUCGAGCACAGCCUGCACAUUUGCGAAAUCACAGAGAUCUGCGUCGAGCUGUACGAAAACCGUCCGCAACCGCUGUCUUUCGCCAACGACGCGCUUGAGAUCCUGGCGCGACUGGCACAGCCCGAGACCGUCGCUUUUGCCGGCACGCUGCCCCCGGUGGCCUGUUUCUCGGCAAACGUGCAAAAAACGCUCAAUAACCGCUCGCCGCCCAAACCGUUGGCCCAUUCAAGUUUCCCCAGCUCGCUCGAAAACUUCACAAAGCUAUUUACAGACUUCCAGUUCAUGCUGAACGUGCUGUCCGUGCGCGACUCUGUGGAGCUGUACGAGUUUCUGAACAUCUUUAUGUCGCGACGCCAGUUCACAACCGAUCCCGAUGAGAUACUAGGAAACCACGUUGUUGUGCGUGCGCUGAUGCAGCUUUUUCUCAUCAGAGACGACCGCUCGAUCUUGGGGUCGCGCCGGUGGAACAUCUCGACGCUUUUGAUGGACGUUUUCUCGAAAAUCUCGUUGCAAAAUUCCAAGCUCCAAAGCAGCACGGACGAGGAGCUCCGUGGGGGCCUGGAAAAACUAGUCACCCAGAUAGAGCCGGCGUUUUACAACUUUCUCACGUCCAUCUCCCAAAAUCCGUCGCGCCAGCGCCAGUUUGUCAAUAAGGAGCUGAUUAUAUGGGACUCGAUCCAGGUGGAAGCGGAGAAUUUCGAGCUCGAGAGCCAUACCAAGCUCCAGGACACGUUUGCCAACUCUGAGCUGCCGGUCAUGCCGGUCUCGUCCUUUGUUUACUACCUAAAGCUCACCAAGAUGGCGGAACUGCUGUUCAAGUCCAUAGAACUGUGUCUGUUCAAGGACUGUCGCGAACUACAUCUCGGCUAUUGGCUGCUUGCAAACCAGCUGGACUACUUGGUGCAGCACCUAAAACGGCUGGUGGACAUCAACCAGCUGCGACAGACACAGCUGACGGCGCUCUCCAAGAGAAUCAAGAAGGCCAAAGGCGACAAGAAGGCCAGGCUGCGGGAGGAAUACGAAACAAAAAAGCAGUCCCUGCCCCAGCUACUUAAAAUGCAGCUCUAUCUUAAUAUGCAGCUGACAAAGUACCAGAUCCACAAGAGUCUCGCCGAAAACCGCGCCGCCGUGCUGCGGAUGCUCGGAAAACAGGGCCUUAUGGACCUCCCGAAGCUCUGCAAGGCUUCGGAGGAGACCUUGUACAAUCUGCAGUUCAAAUCCUUCCAGUCAAUAGGAGUCCCCCAACUGCCCUCGUUCAGAGACUACAAGGAGAUGAUGAAACAGCAGAAAUGGCUCUCAAGCCAGCUGUCUGCCGAGGCCAACGCCAGUUACCAGAAAGGCGUCCUGAAACAGAAGUCGGACGAAAUAAAUGCAAACAUCAGCCGUCUGGAGGAGUUGGUAGCAGAACUGCAGUUCCCGGAAUUCAUCACUGAGCGGCUUAUACAGGAAACCAGGCUGCUGAAGAAAGCCAACGUGGCAACUCUGCUGACGUUCAGCCAGACGCUCAAGGUGGCAGACCUGCCAAGAUCGCACGUGGCGGUGGUGUUUGAAAAAUACAACCACCACCUGUACUAUCCGAAUAUAAAAGUGGCAGCGAAAUAAAUAGAAAGCAGCACUAAACAACCAGUCGGACGGUGGCUUCGGCAUCCGCUAAGGAAGAAGGGAUUCUCACCGACAUGGAGCGCAGUAGGAGUAUGACAGAGCCGAGUUCAACGGCCGUAUCCGCCCAACCCUCACCGGAAGUCACGUGACCACACCAGGGCUAGGCCCGCUCGGCUGCCAGUUUUUGAAAAAUUCAGGCAAAAAAAAUUUACCACACCUUUUAACCAUGCCUCCAAAGUUCGACCCUAAUGAAGUGAAGUACAUCUACCUGAGAGCCGUCGGUGGUGAAGUGGGAGCCUCUUCUGCUCUUGCCCCAAAGAUCGGUCCUCUUGGUCUGUCCCCAAAGAAGGUUGGUGAAGACAUUGCCAAGGCCACGACCAAGUUCAAGGGUAUCAAGGUGACCGUCCAGCUCAAGAUCCAGAACAGACAGGCCCAGGCCUCCGUUGUUCCAUCUGCCUCCUCGCUGGUCAUCACUGCUCUGAAGGAGCCACCUAGAGACAGAAAGAAGGACAAGAACGUCAAGCACUCCGGAAACAUUCAGCUCGAGGAGAUCUGGGAGAUUGCUAGAACCAUGAGAGAAAAGUCUUUCGGUAAGACUCUUGCUUCCGUUGCCAAGGAGGUCCUUGGUACUGCCCAGUCUGUGGGAUGCAGAGUUGCCGGUAAGAACCCUCACGACAUCAUUGAGGCCAUCGACGCUGGCGAGAUUGAUGUCCCAGAAAACUGAUCAGAUAUGUACACGGCGGAAUAUAUCAUAAUACAGAAAGAAGAGUUCAUCUAUUCAGUUUGCCAACACUCUGGUGCCAAGUGUCUACCAUAUUUGGUUCCUAUUUUGGUGCAAACAAGAUCAAUCUGUUUCCUACUCACCAUGGAUGAACAAGGUGAUUCCACUGGUCCAUUUCAGAUCCAGACAUAGUAGUUGACGGUAGCUGUAUGUAGUAUUUUCCCCUGCACGACCUCUGCAGAUAGCCUAUGUAAACAAGAAAAAUAAUAUUCUC